AUGCCUCCUCCAGUGGCUUCUAUGGCCCCUCGGAAGGGCAAGAGCGACAACGAAAAACCCCUGUCGCUCAACGAUGCCCUUUACAACCAUCUCGUCCUCCCUCCUCAACUUCCCCAACGUCAAGACUCCAACCUUGACGAGCUCGAGAAAGCUCUGAUCGAUAGACUGUUGGCUUCCGUGAAGCACCUCCGAGAUCUCCCCGAAAACGAUCUGAGUUACGCUUGGAGCUUGAUCGAGCGAGGUCUUCAUGCCACCAAGAGCAUUCAUGCCGGAGGUCACGUCGACCGAACUGCGCUUAUUCGAGAACUCAACGAUCUUGGAGACUCGGACUUUCUAGUCGUCUAUGUACGGAGCCAGAACUGUGCUCUUUACAUCCGCCGUUCGCAAGAUCGUGUCUUUGGCGCUUCUGUCAUAUUCGAGGCCUUUGAAACUUCAGCGCAUAACGAAGAUGUUCUGGCAACCGAAAAUGCACUUCAGUGGGACUUUCCUGGAUGUGCAGUCGCCGUCCCUCUCGCUACAUUCCGCGAAAAUGGUUUCGUGGCCAAUCUAGCCAACUUCCUGGACAACGCUUCACGAGAGUUACUCACCGAUUUCUCCGCACAAGCGCUCAGGGCGGGAACGUCUAUGCCCGAGUUUCGCAACACCUCCGAACCUGCUCUCAUUUCCUCUAUGCUCAUGGCUAUUCUGCAACAAAACGGCCGCCGCCUCGCCCCAACUCUUCUGCAGAAGAUGGUUCGGGACGAUGUGCUGUGGAACAACGCAGAAAAGCCAUGGACGCGACUGCCUUAUUGGCUUGUACUGCGAGUUGCCAUCUCUCGAUACCUUACUCAACGUUUGGGUGAAAUUGGGCGAGUUGAAUACAAGUUUUUGUUGGCUCACCUCUUCAGCGAAUUCCUCGCCCAUAUCCAGCAAUCAGGAAUACGCCUCGACCGCUUCGAUUUCCUCAAGAAAAAGAUCUGCCGACGGCUAGUCAAGCUGGAAGUUGAUAAAGACCGGUCUCAAGAUCUGACCCAGAGGAUCGAGUAUCUAUUCACCCAACUUAGCCCCGGAUUUCAGAAUUCGAUUUCCAAGGCAAAUGCCUUCCUCGAAGCCUCAUGGAAGCAUCAGAAGCUGACGAUGACUAAAACGAUCCCUCCACUACCCAGGCAAGCUUCUUUCGAAGAUAUGAAGCUGGACCUAAAGAUUAGCGGAAUUACCCUCAACAGGAUCUGGAGGGGCUAUUCGAAGCCUGUCAAGUUCAACACUGGGCGACAAGGCACCGCAAAUGUCGCACAGGCUGCGAAGCAGCAUCUCAGUUCAUUUGCUUUCGAACACUUCAAGUUGAUUGAAAAAGAGAUAGCCGUUGCCAGUUUUUGCGAUGAGCGCUUGCUUCCGCGCUCAAAAAUUGAAAAGGCAGCUUCUUUGAUUAACGAGUAUUUGCGACAGGCUUCUAGGGCCUAUGAUAGUAUCCCCGAACUCAAGAGCACACUGAUCUUGAACACCAUGGAUCUAUGGGUUACCAUGGAUAAGGCAGCCUGUGCGGUGUAUCCACUUCUCAGUGAAUUUCACCCUGUAUUUCGACCUGAGAUGCUUGAUGUCGUGCUCCUUUCUACCUUCAAUGAUAUGAAGCGGCUGCAGAAGAUCCAGGUCUAUCUGCAGGAUCGUAUUGCUGCUUGUCAAGGUUCAACAACCAGUAUUUUUGACGAUCCUGUCCGUGGAUCAUUUGGUCAUCGAUUCUAUGAUGACUCUGACAUGUCUGAUGAGAUGAACGAUCUACAAAAGUCAAUAGAGGCCUGGGCGACCCAAUUGCGGGACACAAAAGAAAAGGAAUGGAAGUCAAAAAGCCAAGAGUACUCAAGACUGUCCAAGGUUAUCGAUGAGAGCACAUGCGUGUACAUGGUAGACGAGGACAAUCCCCACUUGCCCCCUUAUCAUGACCGCGAUUGUCGUCGCUGCUACUUGAAGCGGCAGUUGAAGAGAAUUAGUAUCCAGGCCUACGAACACCCCCUUCCUUCUGACCCUCAUGUCGCGAAAGCUGUCGUUUUUGAGCUGCUUUGCCCGCAGACUUUGGCAAAAUAUCGAGAUGCCACAUGGAUCGUUAUAUCGAUAGCCCUACCAACAGAGGAAGGCGUCGACCCGAAGUGCUGGGCACGAGACUAUCAACAGCUACAGAAGUAUGCCAACGACUCAUCAAUGAGCUGCUCUCUGGCAUCAGUCACUAAACCUUUCGUCUCUACCCACUACCACUCCUUAGCAUUCCCUAUCGAAUGGGAUAACGGCAGAUACGGUGUUUGUCGACCAAACGGAUUAAAGUUGGCUUAUUGUGAUAGUAAUUCGAAACUAUGGCCCAGCCGUCGGGGUCAUCUAAGCUUCUUACAUCAUGUGAAGCUUCAGAUACCCGAUUCUUCCCCGUUCGCGCAGCAAGACGCUGCCUUCUUCAAGAGUAUUUACGGGCCAUCCUCAUACGAAAUCAUGGCAACAGCAUCGAGAUGCCCACAGGGUAUCAAUGUUCAUGAAUAUCUUGCUUUUCAGACGGUUGCAUCUGGAAAGUCCAGGCGCUGGCUAUCAAUUCUUGCCGAAUUGGCAUCGGCCAACCUGAACUUCUCCAAUGAAGCCACCAUGUUACUCGUCACUCAUCUGGCUCUUCAGUGCGGGCCCUUGGAUGACUCUAGGAGUGAGUUUCGUAUCAUCCAUGAGGUUUUCCGUGACACUUCAUUCUGCGAGACCUUCGUGGAGCAGAUAUCACAUCGACUAGACAGCUUGGCGGCUAACUGGAGAGAAAUCUACCUGAUGGAAACCGUCGUCACUUUCACCCUCCGUCUUCUCGACUUCACCUGGGCAGCAUCUAUGACAAAGAUCUCCGACCAGACAAUUUCCCUCUUGCUACGUGCCAGAAACACAUGUGUGCGUUGGUUUAAGCUCCUUCGUGCUGAGUCUUACAAGGUUGUCGAAGCCGAGACAGCACGACGGUUCCAACAGUACGCUCUCUGGGCUGCUCUCUUGUGCAAACGAACAUAUACACCUAUGGCCUGCGGUCGUCAUGGUUUCGACGAUUUGUCUCUUGAGAUCUUCAUUCAGAGCAGCAUCACGGCAAAUGACAACCUUGUGGUUAAGCUAGAGGCGCUUCCCCAGCUUCUCCAGCACGCAAUUAUUCGAGAUAUUCGACUUUCGUAUCGACUUGCUCCGAUUAUAUCGCAACAAAUUGUUGAAAACUUGGAGGUCUUCCGACUAUCCCUUUGUGACAUGUGGCCGGAGGAAGAAGGGUGCCCUCGAGCUUUUUCUCAAGUAAAACUGGCCCCAGAAGCUCCCAACUGGGUUUUUUGCCAAUCACGAACAGGGGACAGUGUCGACUCAUUCGAUCAGACUGUUUCAUUUAACUGCAUCAGAGGGUUACUUCUAGUUGAUAGCCAACCGAUGGGAAAACUGCCAGAAGACCCUAAGUACUCCGUCGUUUUGAAUGAGCUCUUCGGCAACCAAGCCCUCCUAACAUUCCCUUCACGCCACCGAGAGAUGCAGUAUGUUCUGUGUGUGAGACCCCGAGGAUAUCAAGUCCAUGUGGGAUACGGUAGUGAAACGCAGGAGUUGAUUGUAAGAGCCUUCCGAGGGAGAUACGCUCUGCAAUUGAUCCCUCGUGAGACCUUCCAAGGCGAUUACCCCGAUCUCCCAGGACCCCUUUUACACAAUUGCUUUCAUUGGCUGCACCUAAGAACCGGAGACAUUUUCAUAACUUCUAAGGACAGACCCUGGCCAGAUGACCCUCACAAGUGGUACAUUUUGAGCCUGAAAGACUACACAUGUGCUAGAACGCGCCUGUAUCGAGGUCUCUUCACAAAGGACCACAUUGUCAACCCGUCAAGUCCACUCUUCAAUCGCAUAAGUGGAAUUCUUGACUCACUUGAAGAUCGCAGCCAGAUAACUGUGUACCAACCCGGAGGAGAUCGGAACCUUACCGUGGAGCUUCCAAGACUCAACAUUGUCUUCCACACUAACAAGAACCGUCUACUUCAAUCGCCUCAGCUACAAUGCCAAAUCGACAAGAACCAAGAUGCCGGGACCUGGUACGGCCUCCGCAGCAAGCUGGUAUGCACUAGCCUUACCAACCCGAUGCACAGGUCUAUCUUAGUGCCUCUCGGGCCCGUCUCUGCUCGCUCAGAAGGAUGUCAUGUAACGGUGAGGGUCGAACCCUCAGAUAAAUUUGGAAGGUUCAAUAUCAACAGCACACUGGGACGGAUCGACUGCGCGCCAGAGCCCACACUGGUCUUUACCAAGGCUCUUCUUCAUGCAUGUACAUCUUUUCUUCUCCCUGAUCCUUUGACCGGCCGCACUGGAACUGAAGAAGCUAUCGACUGGCUCCAAGCAGGCAUAUCUCAGCCAUGGUCCCCCCUUACUCCACCCUCUAUGAUGGUACUGAACAAAAUAGCUGGACUAACACCGAGAAGAGUGUACUACCCACAAGAUCUUAAGGUUAUGCGUACAGAUACCUGGAUCGAGUCCCUGCCUGUCAUUCUUCAGGACUCAGCAUACAGACAAAUUGUGGAUCGUAUCCUUCGAGAGUCUGCAACUUUAGGAAUGUUUGCAGCCAAAGAACAGGCUACUAUAAAAAUGCCGGAGCUGCCUUCUUCAGGAGAUGUGCACCUACAUGCACGAGUGAUGUUUCGACAAGGAGCUGUUACAAGGUGUUCAGGGAAUACGUCCAGCCGCACACAGCCAGUCAACCAGAAGUACAUGUCUCGAGAUCGCCCCUCAACAGUCAACAUAAUGCAUCGCAAUGUGCUUGAGGUCAUAAACUUGAUCCGGAAAUGGCCCCAGAGCUUCAAGACGACGGAUUGUAUUGCCCAAGUUCUCUCACAGGGCAGUGCUGUUGGUGGAUUCACAUCGGCUUUCGACGGAACAUCCCUCAAUGAGAAGUUGAAGGUUAAUAUUAUUCAACGUUGGGGGUCAUUGGUCCGAUUUUCCCGUGAAUCAACAGAUCGAUACAAGCUCAUGUACUUACUCGGGCCAAUGUCGUUCCAUCUCGACGCAAAUAUGCCACUUCUUCGAACCCUUGUUGCGUCCGCGGUAUUUAGUGAUCUUAAAGAGCUUGAAUUGCCCAAGUGGGAUGAGUUUGAUCAUUUCCAACUGAACCAGGCACCACAGCUUGAUUACAUCCUGCAUCUGCUCAAGCCCUACAGAGUCGCUGCGCCAGAGAACGAUGCGAUGGGCUUGGGGCAGUAUUCGAGCGGGAAACUCUUGCGCAAGUUGCAGAUCGAGCAGGCGAAACACGAAGCCAAAGUUGAGGAUGAUUGCAAGUACUUAGCCAACCACCUCCUGAGCCAAUGGCCAUGUCUGGAGCCAAAUGUCAGUGGCCUGUCUCGGUCUGUACUGAUUGACAUCGGCCCUGCGUUGGAAGUUAUUCGUCCCGAGUGGAAACGCCUGUUUAUGAACAGAGACCUCACUGAGCAUCUCAAAGAGGUCCAGACAAUUCUUGACAGACGAACCCUAGAAGACCGAUACGAACCGCCUGCGGUUCCCUUAUCCGAGGUGACCUACACGGUAAGAAUGCGAGGUGGUGUCGAAACCGUCGACCUUCGGCAACUGCUGGCCAAACCGUAUCGUAUUCUUAAGGUCACGACGAGUACGAAUCAAAGUCCUUCUGUGGCCUCGGCGGAUCGGCCAUUUCUGAAUGAGAAGGACUUUUCCCCAGGAUUCGGCAAUUUUGCUUGGCAAAGAAACACAGGUUCAGGGGCCAGCUCGCUUUGGUCGGGUCUCGCCAGACGUGAUAAUGCCCCAACGGACAAGAAUAUGUCAGAAUCGGCUGUGAGGUCACAAUCCGGUAUGAAGUUGAAUCUCAUAGCCCAACGCUUGGGAGCAUCUCGGUCGGUUGUUAGGCGCCGUUACGCAGCGGACUUCCAGAAGAGCCUCGCUGCUUUUCAGCACACUCCUUUAACCAGUUAUAAAGAAUCGAUGAAAUCUAGAGAAGCUGAGAUGCACUCCAGUCUGGAGAAGGUCGCAAGCAGUUUCGAGGCGAUCUGUAUAGCCCUAGAGUCAAGUGGAGUAUGUUCACAAAGGAGGAUCUUUUGGCUCAAAGAAGGAAACCUGUGGCCGAUUGUGACCAAGGCUACGCUCCUUUCUUGUCUCGGAUCGGCUGCUCAGGUCACAAAAUUUGGAAGUGGAAUGAGAAAGGCCAUUUUAGAAAUGGGAGUUGACAUUACGAAAUACCAAAGACAGGUCCGACUUCAUGACCUAGCGUCAAAAAGCAUCUCGGGCAGAUACCACGAAGAGGAGUCUAACGUGGGACACUCGAAUUGGAAGCCCGAAGAGUAUCCAGAUUGGCUCCUGUUAGAAAUAGAGUCAAACAUGAUGAUCCGUCCUGUUCAAAUUGAUGUAGCUUUGGCCACAAUCUCCCCUGGGUCGGGAUCGAAUUCUGUGCUUCAGAUGAACAUGGGCCAAGGCAAAACCUCCUGUAUUAUUCCUAUGGCUGCGGCAGCGCUUGCCAACAAGAAACAGCUUGUGCGAGUCAUUGUACCGAAAGCUCUGCUCCAACAAACAGCUCAGCUGCUGCAGGCUAGACUUGGUGGUAUCCUUGGAAGGGGCAUUCGCCAUGUCCCCUUCUCACGUAGAACUCCAACAACCGAGAAAAAGAUACGAACCUAUCAUUCUAUCCACAGAGAUAUGCUCAAGUCCGGAGGUGUCAUGAUAUGUCAACCCGAACACCAGAUGUCAUUUAUGCUCAGCGGCCGACAGCGACUUUUGGACGAGCAGCCCGCGCAGGCAGGACCUAUGAUCAAGGUCCAAGAAUGGCUCACAAGGGUGUCAAGAGAUAUCCUAGACGAGUCGGACUAUACUCUCGCGGUGAGAACCCAGCUUAUUUACCCAUCUGGUGCUCAGACCACAGUCGAUGGGCAUCCACAUCGUUGGCUUGUGGCUGAAGCCGUGCUGAGACUUGUUGAUAAUCAUCUGUAUGGUUUGUCAAUGUCUUUUCCUCACUCUAUCAGCGUUAUUCGACGAAACGGGGGCGGAUUUCCCUUUGUGUUCUUCCUCAGGCAGGAUGUUGAGGAUGAGCUGGUGCGAAGGCUCACAGCAGACAUUUGUCACGGUGCUGGUGGGAUUCUGCCUCUUACUGAACAGGCAAUGGCAACUAAAGACAGAGUCGCCGUCAAAAACUUUCUCAUGCACGCUCGACCUAGCCCUAAAAGUAUAGAGCGCAUCCGGAAUCUCUCGCCAGACAAGCCUAGCUUGAAACAAACGAUCUAUCUUCUGCGAGGUCUCCUCGUCAAUCGCAUCUUAAUGAUGACCCUCAAGAAGCGCUGGAACGUUGAGUAUGGUCUCCAUCCGCACCGCGAUCCCAUAGCAGUGCCUUUCCACGCCAAAGGUGUUCCGAGCGAUCAAUCCGAGUGGGGUCAUCCUGAUGUCGCAAUACUAUUCACUUGUUUGGCCUUCUAUUAUGAUAGCAUAAGUCUAUCUCAACUUAGGCAAUCACUUGAACAUAUCCUCAAGUCCGACGAUCCAUCAACUGAAUACGAUAAUUGGACCCAGAGCACUGAAAAUUUCCCUUCUUCUCUCAAGGCCUGGAAUGCAAUCAACGUGGAUGAUGAGAUGCAACUCGGGGAGAUUUGGAAGGUUGUGCGAUACAAUGAGGUAGUCAUUGAUUAUUUCUUGAACAAUUUCGUGUUUCCGCGACAUGCCAAGCAGUAUGAGGUAAAACUUCAGGCCAAUGGUUGGGAUAUUCCACUCUCACCCCUCCGGAAUAUAGCAGAGAACGACAAAGAGACAGGGAAACCGCUGAGUACAGGCUUCAGUGGUACCAACGACAACAGAACAAUGCUUCCUUUGAACAUUCAACAACAAGAUCUGCCGAGUCUUCACCACACAAGCGCUGAAGUUUUGACCUAUCUUCUUCACCCUCGAAAUCGUCAUUGCAUUCUACCUCAAGAUGUGAAAACUCAACACAUGGGCAGAGCCACCGAGAUGGAUCUCCUAUAUUGCCUCAGGUCGAAAUCCAUCCGUAUCUUGAUCGAUGCAGGAGCCCAGAUCCUGGAAAUGGACAACCACACUCUCGUUCAACAGUGGUUAAAGAUCGACCACUUCGCUUUGGCAGGUUUGUUCUUCGACAAAGACAAUAAACCUUGGAUCCUGACCAAGGAAGGAAGAAGAACACCCCUUCUCGCGUCACCUUUUGCUGAUGACCUUACAAACUGCCUGGUAUAUCUUGAUGAGGCCCAUACCCGCGGGACUGAUUUUAGGCUCCCUCCCACAGCUAAGGGUGCCCUCACUCUUCGUCUGGGCCAGACCAAGGACCACACUGUUCAAGCCGCUAUGCGUUUACGACAGCUGGGAACAACUCAGAUCGUUUCUUUCUUUGUCCCUCCUGAAGUCCACCAGAGCAUCACAGACCUGCAAAACAAGACUAUUCAUGAGCCUAUUGACUCGGCCGAUGUCAUUGAAUGGCUUUUGAACAACACAUGCGACCAAAUUGAGCAGUUACAGCCCCUAUACUAUUCCCAAGGCAUGGAUUAUUGCCGUCGAAUGCAGGCAGCUUUCGAUCACCCCGAUUUUCUAACCGACAAGCCUCAGCGGAAAGCAUAUGUUCAGGCGAUUAAGCAGGACGAACAGCAGAGCCUGCAGAACCUUUACGAGCCGAAAACAAAGAGUCGCGCCGUAGGCAUGCAGACUUCUAACAACACGGUUCUUAAUGGCUUUAUCCAGGAUCUCAAUGCGAGACGCAAGACCUUUCAGGACACUGGCCGAGCCGUUCAUGCCUCUGCUCUACAAGAAGUUGAGCAAGAGAGAGAGGUGGCCUUUGAGGUUGAAUCAGUGCGACAAGUCAAGAAGCCUCAGCAUUUUGCAGCCUUCUCUUUCCCAGGUCUUAACGCUAGCCUCGAGACUUUAAUCAGAACUGGAAGGCUUCCUGCAGACACGAACUACUUUACUCACGUCUUCCAUGCCCUGUCAAAGACAGGAAUCGGUCGCAAGUACAAAGUGCAAUCGAAGGUAACCAAAUCGAAAUUACUCGAGACGGCCGAGUUUGGCCGAACCAUCAAGCCCAAGGGAGACCUCUCUACCGAUGACUUCUUGCGUCCCGUUAACUGGAUCAUUUGGAGCUCUGUCGCCGAGAUCGCCGUCGUUAUCAUGCCCGAAGAAGCCGAAGCUCUGAUUCCCAUCAUGCGAAACUCAAGUGUUCUCACGCAUCUUUUUGUUUACUCUGCACCCAUCACACGCAAAAUGCUCCAGUUCCACGAUUUGACGUUCCAUAGCAUUCCUCCUCUUCCCAAUGACUGGAAAGCUCCAAAGUGGCUUCAGGUUGAGUUGGGAAUUUACGCUGGGCGCUUGUACUUUGAGUGGGACGAAUAUGAUGCCAUGUGCUCCUUGCUAGGAAUCCAGAAUGGCGAGAUCGGCAACGAAGCACAGGACAAAGAACCUACUGGAACCGAGACAGAUGCCGAAGAAGAGACAUCUAAGAUACAACCUGACCUCGAACAAAAGCUCGCCAAAAGCCCACUGGCAUUUCUACAAGAGUGGCUAGCAGUCCGUCGCCGUGGCCAGGAUUUCGCUCACAGCCCCAUGGGCUUUGUCAGUCAGGGCAAGCGUCUCCAAGAGGACCAUGUCUUCUUCAAGGCAGCAGACACAGAGAGUGCGCGUUCUCAAGGGACUGCACUGGCACCAAUUAGAUUUUCCAGUUCAGCUGAAAAUGAUGGGCAGGAUGAUGAUGGCUACUACGGCGUCGACGAUAUGGGUGCCAACGAGGCUGGGGAUAGUGACUCCAGCGACGACGAUAAAAUCGAGUACGACGAGUCCGAGUACGCCAGCGCAUCAUCUAGAAAUUGA